CUUUUUAUCAAGCUCAUGCCACAUUUAACAUCACAGGGCACAUUUUUACCACUUAACAAAAUAAUCGACGGGAAAACUAUCUAGACUUGCUUUUUUAAUCUUAAAAGCAUAUUUCGGUUAUUUUGUGAGUCUCAUGGAAAGUGCGGUGGAGGGAAAGGGAGGAGCUGCGCUUAAAAGGAAAAGUGUUGAAGUUUCCAGAGGUUGAUGUCAGUGUAACUGGAUUCCUCUAGUCUGGGAUUUUAGGAGAACAACUGGGAACAAGAUGGCUGAGUCCGGACUGGAAAACUGCUUUUCUCCACUCCCAAAAACGCAGGACUGAAGUUCCCAAAACUAUUUCAGAACAAAACACGCACGUCUAAGCUAUUUUUUUCUGUCAAGACAUCAUUACUUUACACGAAGAUUUUGAGUUCGGAUGUUGCAGCUGUUUUUCUUUUUUGUUUGGUUUUUUUUUCGUAUGAAGAACGCUGCGUGUUUCAGUCGGAUUGUGUUACUCAUUUCUAUUGCAAAACAUCGGAAAAGUGGACUUAAAGUAGAUAAAUAACUGAAUGUAAUCAAUUCAAGAACUUUUAUGGAAACCAAACCUGCUACUUUGAGUUUUUGCACCUUUUGUGAAUUUGGCACACAUUACAUAAAAGCUUAAUAACAAACCAGUGCUAAAGAAUGAAAUACAUCAUUGAUAUACAGUUAUACUGAAUCGCACAAUGAGCUCCAGUCGCGUCCGGCCUCAAGCACCGCAGACCCCGGCGGCAUCUGCAGCAUCACCUCCGCCUCAUGAAGGCAUUGAGAUGGAAAAAAUGCAUCAUGCAGAAGUGGGCCUGGGGGUGCCCGAUGAAGCCCCCUCUCCACCAACCUCCAGCUCCAGGCAGGCGUGGAGCCGGGAUAACCCGGGCUUCGAGCCGGAGGAGGGGAUAAUGGAGGCGAACUGGCCCCCGUCGAGCCCGGGCCGGAGGUCUGUGUCCACGGCCUCCAGCAGCAGCAGCGGGAGCUUCACUGGCAUCAGUGCGCGAAUCAACAGAGGACCAUACCCAUCUCCACCAGCACAGGAUGAACACCGCAGCUGCGGGAAGAGGAUACUGCAAAAAAUGAGGGUACUGUGGGACACUCGUCUUUUGGGUGAGAGCAACAGUAACAGAGAGAUGUACCUGAAAACAGUCCUCAGAGAGAUGAUCACCUACAUCCUCUUUCUCAUCACCCUCUGCAUAUUAACCUACGGAAUGGUGAGCACCAACAUGUACUACUACACCAAAGUCAUGUCCCAACUCUUCUUGGAUGUGCCAUUAACAAAUGGAGAACCAACAACCUUCAAGACCCUUUCAUCAAUGGAGGACUUCUGGAAAUUUACAGAAGGGCCUUUUCUUAAUGGCAUGUACUGGGAGUUCUGGUACAACAACAAAAUCCUUCCGGAAAACCAGAGCCUGAUCUACUAUGAAAACCUUCUGUUGGGCGUCCCACGUCUCAGACAGCUCAGAGUGCGCAAUGAAUCCUGCGCUGUCCACGAGGACUUGCACAAUGAAGUUUAUGAAUGCUACAACAUUUACUCUCCUGCAAAUGAAGACAAGGCACCAUUCGGACUUAAAAAUGGGACAGCGUGGGUGUACUCAGGGGAAAGAAGCUUGGGUGAGAGCAGUUACUGGGGGCAAGUGUCGACCUAUGGAGGUGGGGGUUACUACCAGGAUCUGUCCCGUACUCGAGAGAAGACAGCCAAUCAGCUGCAGGAGUUAAAAAACAACCUCUGGCUAGACCGUGGCACCAGAGCUGUGUUCCUGGACUUCUCCAUCUACAACGGCAACAUUAACCUGUUUUGUAUUGUCAGAUUGCUAGUGGAGUUUCCAGCCACAGGGGGCGCUUUGACAUCCUGGCAGUUCCAGACUGUACGUCUAAUCCGCUACGUAUCCAGCUGGGACUACUUUGUGGGCUUCUGUGAAGUGGCCUUCUGCCUCUUUGUGCUGUAUUACCUUGUAGAAGAAGUUCUAGAGAUCCGCCUGAAUCGCUUGCGCUAUUUCAAAAGCCUGUGGAACUGCUUAGAUGUUUUCAUCGUAAUGCUCAGUGUCCCAGCCAUCAUCAUGAACAUCUGCAGAACAUCAGCGGUCAGUCACAGACUUCACUUCCUGCUGGAGAACCACAGUACAUACCCAAACUUUGAGCCCCUGGCUCGCCUCCAGGUUCACUUCAACAAUCUGGCAGCUAUCAUCGUCUUCCUCUCAUGGGUCAAGCUUUUUAAGUUUAUUAACUUCAAUAAGACCAUGAAUCAGCUGUCCACCACCAUGUCGCGCUGUGCUAAGGACCUGGUGGGCUUCGCCAUCAUGUUUUUCAUCGUCUUCCUGGCCUACGCUCAGCUGGCAUAUUUAGUGUUUGGAACUCAAGUCGAUGACUUUAGCACCUUUCAGGCCUGCAUUUUCACCCAGUUCCGGAUCAUUCUGGGAGAUUUUGACUUCUCAGAGAUUGAGGAAGCAGACAGAGUGUUGGGACCCAUUUAUUUCACCACCUUUGUGUUCUUCAUCUUCAUGAUUCUAUUGAAUAUGUUCUUGGCCAUCAUCAAUGACACUUACUCUGAGGUGAAAGCUGAUAUGGCCCAGCAGAGGUCAGAGAUGGAGAUAACAGACCUGAUCAAGAAGGGCUAUAACAGGGCAAUGGUAAAACUCAAACUGAAGAAGACCUCGGUCAAUGAUAUUCCAGACAACUUACACCAGGCUGGGGGCAAACUCAGCUUUGAUGAGCUCCGGCAAGACCUCAGAGGAAAGGGCCAUUCAGACGCUGAAAUUGAAGCCAUCUUUGCUAAGUACGACCUUGAUGGAGAUCAGGAACUGACCGAGCAUGAACAUCAGCAGAUGAGAGAUGACCUGGAGAAAGAGAGAGAGGACUUGGAUCUGGAGCACAGUUCACUGCCCAGACCAGUGAGUGGGCGGAGCUUCUCCCGCAGUCAGGACGACUCCGAGGAGGACGAUGAUGAGGACAGCGGACACAGCUCUCGUCGCCGUGGCAGCAGCUCAGGAGGCGUGUCAUAUGAGGAGUUCCAAGUGCUUGUGCGUAGAGUGGACCGUAUGGAGCAUUCUAUCGGCAGCAUUGUGUCAAAAAUAGAUGCUGUUAUUGUCAAGUUAGAGGCCAUGGAGAGAGCCAAGAUGAAGAGGAGAGAUGUGCUUGGACGAAUCCUGGAUGGAGUCAUGGAGGAUGAGAGGAUGGGCAGAGAUCCAGAGCUGCAUCGGGAGCAGAUGGACAGGCUGGUGAGAGAAGAGCUGGAGCGCUGGGAGUCUGAUGACACAAUAUCACAGGUCAGCCACAAUCAGGCCACACCAAUCGCCAUAGCCGCUCAGCUCCGCCCACGCAGUUCCCGCUCACCCUCAUCGCUAUCCAAUGAAGUCCCGGAUGCUGCAGCCAAUGGGGCCGCCCAUAUGUGAGGGAUUUCGGUUGUAUUUAAGUGUUCCGCAAUUUGUUCUCAAGAGUCAUAUCUAGUGCAGUGCAUUAGGCAAAAUCUAUUAAGUAAAAUUUCAGAAUGUUGGUGUCAAAAUUUCAGGGUCGACCAUUGUUCCACAGGGCCAAAGCUGUAGAAUUAAAUAGUCCUACACAAAAGCUAUUUAUUUGUGUUUCUUUAUAUUAAAGUUAAUUGGGGCUUUUGUCUGUAGCCAACCUAUGCUUUAUAAUGAAAAUAUGAAGAUAAAUUGAAGUGUUUGUCAAUAAGCAACAAGGACGCUCUAAAACCUGAUUUUUGUCACAUUUUCUUCAUUACUUUUUAAAAAUAAUUUUAUUGGACAUUCUGAUGAAACUAAUUAGUUUUUAUGAUAGUCAGUGGAUUCUCGAUUUUAGUUUAUACCACAUAUGAAUUAGUUAAUAAUUAAAUGCAUUUUCAUUUGAGGUAAACUUUACAUAAUUUCUAACAUGUAAACUGCAAAAAUGACAAGAUAUUAAGUCUUGGUUUCAGAGAAAUCUAACAAAAUUUAGUGGAGUUUAUGCUUAAAACAAGAAAGAAACUAUUUGCCAAUAAGGUAAGAAAAAUACAUUUAUUUUCCCUUCGAAUCAAGUUUUUUUUUUCUUACCCUAUUGGUAAAGUUUUUAAAAUUGUAUUACAUUUGGUUAGAUUUCAGUGCAUAUAUGUACAGUGGCAAUAAAAAGUAUGUGAACCCUUUGGAAUGAGCUGGUUUUCUACAUUAAUUGGUCAUAAAAUGUGAUCUCAUCUACAUCAAAGUGUACAGUUAUAAUCUUUCAUGUCUUUAUUGAACACAUCCCAUUAAACAUUCACAGUGCUGUGGAAAAGUAAGUGAACCCUUGGAUUUAAUAACUGGCAGAUCCUCCUUUGGCAGCAAUAACCUCAACCAAACCUUUCCGGUAGCUGCGGAUUAGACCUGCACUAUGUUCAGAAGGAAUUUUGGACCAUUUUUCCUUACAGAACUGCUUCAGCUCAGCCAUAUUCUUAAGAUGUCUGGUGUGAACGGCUCUCUUGAGGUUAUUCCACAGCAUCUCUAUUGAGUUGAGGUCUGGGCUCUGACUGGGCCACUCCAAAAGGUGGAUUUUCUUUUUUUUUAAGCCAUUCUGUAGUGGACUUACUUUGAUGUUUAGGGUCAUUGUCCUGCUGCAUUACCCAACUUCUACUGAGCUUCAGCUGGUGCACAGCCACCCUGGCAUUAUCCUGUAGGAUAUCUUGUUAAACUUGGGAAUUCAUUUUUCCCUCAGUGAUGACAAGCGGUCCAGGCCCCGAAGCAGCCCCAAAUCAUGAUGCUCCCUACACCGUACUUUACCGUUGGGAUGAUGUUUUCAUGUUGGUAUGUGGUGCCCUUUUUAUGCCAUACAUAGUGCUGCAUGUUCUUCCCAAACAAUUCAAUCUUUAGUUUCAUCAGUCCCCAAAACAAUUUCCCAGUAGCGUUGUGGAGUGUCAAAGUGGUUUCCAAAACUUUUUUGGAAAGCAGCAGCUUCCUUUGUGGUGUCCUGCCAUGGACACCAUGCCUGUUUAAUGUUUUCCAUAUAGUAGACUCAUGAAUCAGUUCAAAUGAUACCCUCAAGUCUUUAGCUGUCACUCUAGGGUUCUUUUUUUUUUUUUACCUCAUUGAGCACUCUGCAGUGUGCCCUUUGAGUAAUCUUGGCUGGACGGCCACUUCUAGGGAGAGUAGCCAUAGUACUAAAUCGCUGUAGACAGUUUGUCUAACUGUGGACAGAUGAACAUCUAAGCUCUUCAAGAUAAUUUUGUAACCAUUUCCAGUUUUAUGCAAAGUAAAAAUUCUUGAUCAUAAGUCUUCUGAGAUCUCUUUUUUGCGAGGCAUGAUCCACGUCAGCAGAUGCUUCUUGUGAAUAGCAAACUCAAAAUGUUUGAAUGCUUUUUAUGAGGCAAAGUAGAUCUAACCCACACUUCCAAACUCGUUUAAUUAAUUGGAUGCCAGGUUUGCCAACUCCUGACUCUAGUUAGCUUUCGUUGAUGUCAUUAGACUAGGGGUUCAAAUACUUCUUUCAGCCUACACUGUGAAUGUUUGAAUGACGUAUUCAAUAUGUACAAGAACAAGACUUUGUGUGUUAUUAGUUAAAACAGAUUGUGUUUAUUCAUUAUUGUAACUUGAUGAAGAUCAAACCAGAUUUUGAGACAAAUGUAUUCAUAAAUGCCGGUAAUUCCAAUUCCAUAAUUUUUCUUGCCACUUUAUAUAACGAAUUCAUUUUGCUUCUCAAGUAAAUGUAUCUUGUUUUAAGAACGUUUAUUUUUACAGGAAAACAAGACAAAAAUACUCAGAAGGAAAAUGUUUUUUGCAGUGUACUGGCUAUGAUCAUUUUAUUUCUUCUUUUAUUUCUUAAUUUUUUCUUUAAAAAACAUCUAUGCUGUUUUGUAGUUUUCUGUGUAAACAUGUGCUAUAUGGACGUCUUUUGAGAGUUGCGCCACAUCUCACUGUUUUUCAAUGUCUUGCGCAGGAGUGUCAAGUUUUUUAGACGCCCUGUCAAGUUAGAAGAACUUUAACUUUUAAAAAACACGCUUUGUUGCGCUGCAUCUUGCUUAUUUUAAUGCAAGAUCAUUUUCGGUCUGAACGGCCCCUUAAGAGACACAUCUAUGAUAUUAGAUUAUCAGCAUAAUCUUUUACUAUUCUUUGCUUCUACUGUAUUUCAUCUUUGAAAUGGUCAAGAUGGUGCAAAGUAAUUCUUUAUAUCACAGUUUUGUUCUGUAUUUUGCUAUGAUUGAGUGCACUGCUUAGAACGUUAAGCAUUAGAAAUUCUUUAUAUAGAGUGUUAGAUAUUUGAUCCAAGCACUAACUAACUGACAGUAUUAUCCAGUUUUUGUCAUCAGUUAUGAAGAAAGCCAUCUGACAUUUAGAAUUAUGAAUGUAAUGAUUAAUGAGAUUGCAAAAACGUUAUACGAUCAUGUUCAGUAAGGACCAAUUCUUUUCAGUACGUGGUCAACGGAAGAAAUGAAUGCAAAAUACUGCAUAGCUAUUCAUAAACAUAAAACAUAUCUUAUUGAGCACUGCAAAGGAUGAAUGUGGUCACACAUUGUUUUAUCUAUACAGUAUAAACUUGGAUUACACACAUCUUUUUACUAUGUAUUUUCCAGAAAAGAGCUUUAGUGAAAUUUUCACUGAAAAUAUGGUUUGCUAUGCAUAUUUUUUUUUUAGUUCACUUUUUAAUUUAAUUCAUUUUAAGUGUUGCAUGUUCUGUUAUAUGUGUCUAUAAUAUGCAUCAAUUCUAAUCUUUAAUAAUUAUUGGUCAUAAAUAAUUUUGAUACUUAUUGCAACUUGAAACAAACUUCGAUUCGGAGUGCAUCUGAUUUCAUGGGAAACCCAUGUGUAUUUUUCUCAAGGCAGGAUUUACAAAGCUUUUCACUGGUGCCUAAAGGUGAAGUGUAAUAUCUUCCAUUGUUUGGUCAAACAGAUAGUCCUGUCCCAAACAAACAAAUUUUCAUUUUACACACGUCACCUUAAAACAAAAUAAAAAGUCCAUGGUAUCUUUUCAAUAUUUUUGCCUUUUUGCAAUUUGUGUAUAUAGCUUUGUAACUCUUGCCUAGUAUGUACUAUGCUUUAUGGUGCUUUAUAGCUGGCAGAAUUUUAAAUAUACACUAUUUACACUUUAAUGUCACAGUCAUUUGAAAUAAAAUCCACCCAAAC